UUAGCGUUCGGCGGUUUGGCGCUCAGUUUGUCAUUUGCACGCGCUUACGCCGGUUGGCCGACCAACAACAACAGGGCUACAGAACCGCCUGACCGCUCGCGUGUUUCAGUUUGGUGCGCUGAUUUCACUGCUAAUAUAAAUAAAUGCGAAUAUUUACUUGGGCAAUUUACGGCUAAGGUUCGCUUACAUAUAUAUAAGCAACACCUUCAAAGAUAAGGCUGGAACGAAUCGGACUUUAUCAGCAUUUCCACGGAACGCUUACGGCGGAGAGCAGUGCAAAACGGAGCGGAUGGUAAACACAACUGAAAAAUGAACGGAGAAUAGGCGAAACGAGAGUGAGAAGCACAAGUUAAUAUGAGUGAAUAAUUAGCCAUAGGCGGGAUCAGUCGAGAAACCAUGCGGAAUAUCAGAAAUCUCAAGGAUCCCACGGCAUGGAGAUGGCUCCACCUGCUCCUCCUCCUCCUCCCCCUCUCCGUCCAGGCGGAUCCGACGAAGGUGACCUGCCGGGAAUACGGCACCGCCAUCACCUGCGACUGCAACAACGCCGAACAGCCCAUGGUUUUGCCAACACUGCACGGUGGCGUUAACCAAGUGGAGAUCCGGAAUUGUCGCGAUCUUGUGGUGGAGGCGAAUCGACUGGCGGACACGGUGGGCCUGCGGAAGGUGACCUUCCGCCAGGUGGGCCAGCUGGUGCUCCGGGAACACGCCCUGAGUGUGCCGCGCUAUGCCAGCAAUAAGGCUCUGAUCGUGGAGUUCGAGCAGACGAACCUCCAGCUGAUCGAGUCGCAUGCCAUCAAUGGCAACAUCGAGGAGAUCUCAUUCGUGGGCGGGCGGAUAGAGCUGAUGAAGCCCUUCGGGUUCACCACCACCAAGGACAGUGCCAUAUUGCUCAAGUUCGACGGGGUCACCAUUCAGCGGAUCGAGAGUCAGGCCUUCAAGAAGUUCUCCGUUGAACAAAUGACCAUCGCCAACUGCCAGUUCCUGGGCGAUCUGCCCACCCGUGCUUUCUACGAACUGGAGGUCACCAACGAGCUGAGCCUGCGGGCUAAUCACUUCCAGGAGGUUCACUCCCAUGCCUUCUCUUUCAAACUUGUUUCCAAGUUGAGUCUGAGCGAAAACCACUUUGUGUCCGUGGAUGGCGAGUGGUUUGAGGCGCAAAUCCGGGAUGGGGUCACCAUUCGAGGCAACGAUUUCGGGGCCACCAGUGAGAUCGCCUUCCGCAGCCUCACCGUCCACCGAUCGUAUCAAUUGAGCGAGCACCUGGAGCUGCGAUUCCACAACAACAGCCUGCGAAGCGCUCGUCCAGGAUCGGAUCCCAGAGCAGAUGGCACUGGAGCGGAGGUGACACCUCAACCCCUGCGUUUCGACGAGAGUUUCGCCCUAAAUGUCCGCGAUCUGCGCUACGAUAACUCCUGGAGCUGCUCACAGCUGGACAGGAAUGUGGAGCCUCCGUUGCCACGGGCGGACUUCUUCCGGCUCCACAGUGAUCAGCUGAUGUUCCAUCCGCCUGACUAUGUGGCCAAUUCCGGGGGAGUGCGCCAAGUCCAGCCCUAUAUGCCACUGCGUUCACUCAUCACGGAUCAGUGUCGCGAGCAGAGCUACAUGGCCUACAUCGUCUUGGGAAGUGUGCUCCUGGGUCUGCUGCUGCUCCUCCUGAUCUUUUUGCUCUGGUGGCGAGUGGUGCAAAAGCGCAAGCGCCGCAAACUGGACGUAGUGCAGCCGGAACCGCGCACUUACAAGGAGACUCAGAUCGUAUACCAAAUCGAAAAUGCUGGCCUGUUGAAGACUGAUUUUUAGAUGCCAAGGAAAGACACCACACUUGGGGAUAAAUGUUAAUCUCCAAGAUAUCGAGAGUUCAUCACAGAGAGCCCACGACAAACAACACAACCACAGAGACACAGAGCUGAAUGAAGCUAGAGGAGCAGGUGGUGGAGCGGCUGGAGCACCACCACCCAUCAAACGGAACCACCAAUGCGUGACCUUUCGCUGUACCAAAACCAUAGCCUACAAGUUAGUCGUUAAAUAUCUUAUUCUAAUUAUGCAUAACUCGUAAUGUUUGUCAGUUUUUAAGUGGCCCAUGUAAAUAGUCGCAUGUAGAUAUAUAGGCUGAGAUCUUGCCCAGAAAUAUCCAGGUGGGUUUGCCAUAUCCCAUCAAAUAUUAAUGUGGAAUAAAUCAAUAUAAAGCCAAAACGGUUUGCUUGUUUUUUGUAUGGUUAAUAUUUAUACUAAAGGUUUCUCAACUAAAAUGUAAUAUUAAAUUUGGCACUCUUUCAUUAUUUGACAAGCUUUACUAAUUAGAUUUCUUCUAAACAAAUAGUCUAAGCUUUCAAUUAAUGAACAUUUUUAAAAAUACACAAAUCUAAGGGCAAAGAUAGCUGGCAAAAUAUUGUUUACAAAUAGAAAAUGACAAGCUAAAAUUGUGUAUAUUCAAAUUUUAGGUAUGUUUUUGGAGAUUGACUGUAAUUUACUGUACACAUAUGUUUAAUUAAAAAAAAACAUUCUUGGAAAUAUC